UUCAUUUUUCUCUCUAAUUUAAUUAUUUGUUAUUUAUUUAUAUUAAAAGUAGCCUUCUACGAACAAGCCUUUUAUAUGCCCUAUAUAAAUACAAAUUGCUCACUCUUCUCUAUUCUCCUUCUCAAUUCAUCUUCAUAGCUAGAGUAAUAAUCUCUCUUAUGCAGUAAAGGGUGGUCUCAAUUUUAUUUAAAUUAUAGUUUCUUGACUCGCCACUCACUGACUCAUCCAAUGACUGACCGAGUUCACCCGCACAACUCGCCACCACCAGUUUCCGAACAGUCGAAAACGAAAUCAUUUCAAGAUGCUGCCGUCGACGUCGCUCCCCAUCCACUUCCAACUCCGCCGUCGGAUAAGCCCGUUCCACCGCUGGGAACGUACACUAUCAAGAUUCCCAGGGAUCAAAUCUACCGCGUUCCUCCCCCGGGGAACGCUCGCCUUUAUGAAGAAUACACUCGCCGGAAAAAUCACCGCAACCGCUGUUGCUGCUGCUGGUUCAUCGGAUUAAUCUUCGUCCUUCUCGUGCUCCUCGGUAUCACCGCCGGCGUUCUCUACCUUGUUUUCCGUCCGGAGGCGCCAAAAUACUCCAUCCAACAAAUCAACAUCAGAGGAAUAAACCUAACUUCGCCGUCGUCCACGGCGGCGAGCUCGCCGGUAUUUGACGUCACUGUAAAAGCUGAUAAUCCUAACAACAAGAUCGGAAUCAGUUACGAGAAAGAAAGUUCCGCUGAAAUCUUCUAUAACAACGUGAUACUAUGUAACGGCGUUAUGCCGACGUUUUAUCAGCCGUCAAAUAAUGUGACUGUGUUUAAGACGGUGUUGGAAGGAAGCGGAAUUAAGCUGAAUAACGAAAAUCGAAGAGCGUUGUUGAAGGCGCAAACUAAACGGAAAGUGCCGUUAAUCGUAAAGCUGAGAGCGCCUGUGAAAAUAAAAGUGGGGUCUGUUAAAACGUGGAAGAUUACCGUUAAAAUUGACUGUGAUUUGACGGUGGAUCAGUUGACGGCGAAGGCUAAGAUUGGUUAUAGACAUUGUAAUUUUAGAGUGGAUCUUUGGUAAUUAAAAUAUGAAAUCCGUUUGAGAUUUCAUAUUUUUCUUAGAUUAUUACAUAUAUAGGAUUAUUACAUUGAUUUUAUUAAAUUUAAAAAAAAAUACCAUUUUUUUUAAUAGAACAAAAUAAUACCGUACUAAGAAUAUCAAUAUAUAUGCUGAGA